AUUUAUAACCGGAGCACAUCAGAGAGAAUACCAGGGAUAGAUUUUACGGCAGUGUGUAUGUGACGGUGAGGCGGGGACGAGUUGUAGUAACUCCAGCAGCUAGAACCAAAUGUGGAGCAUAGGUGUUUGUGUUCUCUCUUAGCAGUGCAUGGCUGGUUGUGACACCGGGUGAGGGAACCGACUGGUGUCCACCGCCCUGCCCCGUGACUUAUGUUCUCUUCAGGGUUAUUAUUAGUCUUGCACACACCUCCCUUUCGCCUCCACCCUUCAUGCCAGCUGGUGCCUGGCGUGGUUAUUAGGGGUAUUUGAACUGUAUCCCCUUUAUAGAUGAGGUACAGGAAAGAAAAGAGAAGACACAGCAGGAGGAUGAUGGAGAGUGAGAAGAUGGAGAGUGCAGAGCGGAGGAGAGUUGAAGGAGGACAAGAGGGGGAGAAGGAGGAUGAGUUUGACCUACUGCGGGAUGACACACCAGGCCCUGAGUUUGCCAAUGACCUCUCGCGGUCUGACUCGUCCCCCAUCAUUGGGAACAGCCCAAUGCACGACUGGGAGAGUGAGAAGACCACUGAGAAGGAGUUCUUUGACGAUGGCACCAUGACCUAUUUCUGGCGGGCACACACGCUCACCACACUGGUGUUCAUGAUCUGCUUUCUUCUGUAUGAGGCGCUCAGUCCCCCUGACGAGGACAUGGUCGACAACACCAAGAGGGGUAUAGUUGCCAGUCUGUCUGCCUUUAUCCUCCUAGGCGUAACAGUCACUCCCGAUGGCCCAUUCAAGCGGCCACACCCAGCCAUCUGGCGCCUCACCUUCAUUAUAUCCAUUGUUUAUGAGCUCGGCCUCAUAUUUGUCCUCUACCAGAGUGCCUCAGGGGCGCGGCAACUGCUGAAGCACAUUGAUCCCAAGCUGGGGGAGCCCAUGGAGGAGAAAGACUACGGGGGAAACUGCCACCUCUAUGACCAUGAGAGGCCAGACGACCCCUUCCAUAAUAUUAAGGACAAACUGGACCUGUUUGUACCCCUCCAUUUCUUUGGGUGGUGGAUGAAGACACUGCUGCUGCGGGACUGGUGGCUAUGCUGGGUGGUGUCUGUAAUGUUUGAGCUGCUGGAGUACACCCUGGAACACCAGCUGCCCAACUUCUCAGAGUGCUGGUGGGACCACUGGAUUAUGGAUGCCCUAGUGUGUAAUGGUCUGGGUAUCUACUGUGGCCUUCAGUCUCUAAAGUAUUUCUCCAUGAAGAUUUACCACUGGCGAGGACUCUGGAACAUUCCUACAUACAGAGGAAAGCUGAGGCGCAUCAUAGCUCAGUUUGGUCCUUACGUCUGGGUGGACUAUGACUGGAAGCCCCUGUCAUCCCUUGGCAGGUGGUUCUCAGUGCUUGCCAUCAUUGCCAUGUUCCUGAUCACUGAACUGAACACAUUUUACCUCAAGUUUGUGUUGUGGGUGGAGCCAGGCCACUGGGUCAACCUGGUGCGCCUCAUCUUCAUCCUGCCUUGGGGUGCUGUUGCUCUUAGAGAGGUUUUCCAGUUUCUUGAUGAUCCAGAUGUCACAAAGUUUGGUCGGCAGUCAUGGCUCUUUCUGUCAAUUGUAUGCACAGAGCUGCUUAUUGUGAUCAAGUUUGGCUGGGACACUGUAACCAUUCCAUUCCCAAGGCAUGUGAUCUCCAUGUGGCUGGGAUUCCUGGUGUUGCUGGUGCUGUGGACAGUGUGGAACUUUUACAUUAACCCUCACACAUUCAAGGUGGACAACAAGGAUAUUGAGCGGCGCCGGGAACACUGGAUUCAAGUGCGUGCCAUUGAGACAAAGCUCAGCCCUUCAGAGUCAAGGUUAUUUGACCCACAGUUCUUCUUUAACAAGUUCAUGCAGAGGACCAAGGAAGAUUGAUGACUGUUUUGAUUAUUUUGUAUUAAAAUUACCAAUGCAUACGUGGUGCUCGGAUAUAUAUAUAUAUAUAUAUAUAUAUAUAUAUAUAUAUAUAUAUAUAUAUAUAUAUAUAUAUAUAUAUAUAUAUAUAUAUAUAUAGUUUUUUGAGACUUGCCUUUUCCUCUGAGGGAAGCAGAGAACACCUGAGAAUAUAGUGAUAUAUAUGAAUAAAAUUAUAUUACAGAGAAGUACUUGAGGCAGAUGUUGACAUGGAAUGUUUCCAGUAACCAUGAGCUGUGUGCAGCAGAGUGCCUGGCAUACUGUGUUAAAUAUCCGUGCUGCAACAACCUGGUCUUGGCCACAGUUGCACAGUGUUACAGUCAAUUGAUAUGACCAGUCAUUUCAGAAAUUCCAUCCAUUCUUUAUCUGAAAACCCUCCAUUUUGUUGACACCAUAAUUUCUCAUGAAAAUGGCCUUAACUAGAACUUGAUGUGUGUCAAGAUAGCACAAUAAUUCCCCAUGCACUCAAUGAUAGUGUGAUUAUACUUGCAGAAGUAGGCCAGCAUAAAUCUUGCAAAUAAUCACUUCCUAUAUCAUUGUUCCCAUAUGAUAAAAUUUUGGGGUAACUGUUGUCUCUUGACAGACAUCAUUACAGGUGCAAAUUGGAUGCAGCAUACUGUACUCAGUGGUCUUAGAGGACUUGUCGGCCUUACCAGUGUGGACAGUGGUGAUAAUUAGUGGUUAGGGAGUUGUCAUGUUAUAUGGAUGUGACAAAAAGGUUUGUGAGUACUAAGAAGAAGGUAGGGAAAACCUUGUUGGGAUGAAUCAAAAGUUCACAGUAAAGAAUAUUUGCUCAAGUGUAAACUUUAUUUAUUCUUUCACUCUUAAGUAAGUGCAGCAAUGCAUGAUGCAAAUGUGCCAAUGCCUUUACACCUUGGUAACUCUUGUCACCAUCCAGAGCAAUGGAAUGUCAUCCUGUCUCUAAAGAUUAUUCUUUUUCUAACCCAGUAGCAUUGCAGCUCCCUUAGUCUGAAGAUGUACACACAUGUCAGAACACUCAGUACCAGACAAAGACAGUUGCCCAUAAACAGUAAUGUUUACAGAAUCUCAGACAAAAGAUAAUGGGCCUUCAAAUAUCUCUGGUUGUUAGAAAUGUGAUAAAAUCCAACUGUUCUCUCUCUCUCUCUCUCUCUCUCUCUCUCUCUCUCUCUCUCUCUCUCUCUCUCUCUCUCUCUCUCUCUCUCUCUCUCUCUCUCUCUCUCUCUCUCUCUCUCUCUCUCUCUCUCUCUCUCUCUCUCUCUCUCUCUCUCUCUCUCUCUCUCUCUCUCUCUCUCUCUCUCUCUCUCUCUCUCUCUCUCUCUCUCUCUCUCUCUCUCUCUCUCUCUCUCUCUCUCUCUCUCAUACAUUCAUAAAAGAGGAUCCUAUCAGUGUCUAGCACUGAGCACCUUGUUGGCACUGGUAAAAAUUCUACAACAGUACCUUCUAUACAGACAGUGCAUGGCACAUGCAGCACAUCCUGUGUAAUUAUAUGCUAAUAUUUAAUGUUAACUGGAUGCUAGCUGUUGUCUUGGUGGUAGUGUAAAUGGAUGUGUGUCAAGCAAGAUUGUCACUACCUCCGGCACAUGACUGACCUGACCUUGUCCUUAUGUGAAAUUAACAUUCUCACUUGUGUCGAUGGUUAAGCAGGGCACAAGGUGAAGCCUUCACUCAUCACUUGUUUUGAGUGCCUGCCCUGGAAAUGUCAUGAUUACAAAUAAAAGCUUCAUUAUCUUUAGGUACAAUGAUUUUUCAGACAUGAUUGAAUGAUCUUUUUAUCACCAUAUCUAAAGAUAUUGAAGUUUUGUCCCCUGUUGAUGUAGUUUUGAUAGAUGUAAAAUUGUUUUCCAGUUCAUUCACCUUAAAGUCAGACUAGGGUGACUGCUCAAGAUAUUGUUUUAUCUAGUGAGGGAAAUGGUUAAAUAUACAUUUUGAUCAAUGAUAAUGACUUGUCUCAGAACAUAUCGAUAAUUUGGUAUUGUUGAACCUUUGAUUUCUAUUUAAUGUUAGUCUGUUGUAUACUGAGCUAGAUCAAGAUAACUAGAAAUCAAAUGACCUGUUUAAGUAUUGGAUAGAUGUUUGAAUUAUGAAUAGAUGUAUUUUUUUUGUUUGUCUUCUUUAUUACUGAUGGAGUAGUUUUAAUAACCAUAUGAACAAACAAUAGGUUCCUUUCAUGUGACACCAUUUGUUGCAAGAAACUGCCAACUGCUUGCUGGAGAAAUAGUGUGCCAUCAGACUAAAGUGACCCACUGGAGGCAAUGAGUGGAGCAGCAAGCAUUGAUGCUGCAAUCAUGCGUUGCGGCACCUAUCAUAAGGCAAAUACAGGUAAAUUUUAUGACCAAUUAUUAGCUGUGAUAAUAAAAUGUGGUCUAUAAAGAGUUGAGACUAUAAAGAGAAAUUAAGCAUUAAUGAGCCCUCAGUAGAUAAAUCUCAUGACCCACCCCAGUACAAGGUUGCCUGCAAAGUUGUAUUCACAAUUCACUAAGCACUUAUCUGAACCUGAGUAGUGCCAAAACCUGUGACUGUUCCAAGCACUUUUAGGAGAGCUACUUGAAUUUUCACUAUUUUAAGUCUAGUUAUUUGUAUCAUGGAGUUGUGAAUGUAUUUGUGAUAAUCAUAGUUGUUGUAGAAAUAAGAAAUUGUAUGAUAAUAAUGAAAACAAGUGGAAUAAGCCAUAUUAAAAACAGUAAUUCAUUGGCAAGUAAUUUUACUUGCAGCAGUGGCAAUGUUGUAUCCUCAUUGUGUUUUAUGCAUUCCAUAUUUUUAUGCUGAAAUUAUCUAUUGAUAUGCUCUUUAGUGAAUACAGGUAGUUAAAAUAAGAAGUGUACAUACAUAGAUGGCAGUUUAAAUGAUAGAUUCAGCAGAACAGUUUGCAGUAGGCAGUCGACAAUGAUGUGUUCUGUAGUUCAUUCACUUGAACCAUGCAUCUGGAGCCUAGGCUAGAUUUGUAACAGCCCUGUUGCUUCAUUGGCUCUGAUUGAGCGUAUUACUGGACAACCAAUCACGUACAACCCUCUUCUGGUCCUGUGAGCAAGAAUUAUGAUAAGAUUGCCCAUCACGUGCAUUGAUACCCAGUGGAUUCUCCAUGGGCGAUUUAAAGUGGUAUGACAUGUUUUCAUAAAAAGCUCUGUGCCUCACUUAUAUUUAUCUGAUGGACAAUUUGCUUGUGACAUUCUGUAGGAGAGGCUUUUCUCUAUAUGGUAAGAUGGUUUAUUCAGAAAAUCUUUAGAUAAAUGCUGCAAAUAACAUAAAAAAAUUAGUUGUAUAAAGAUUUUGCUUUUGUUCUUUCACUUUGUAAUGUCUUUAUUUUUUGCUUCACAGACAUUUAGUAAAAAAUAUUUGAGCUAUGCAAUCAUUGCUCUAUCUAAUGGUAUGAACCAAAAUGGUCUAUUUUGUACAGAAGAAGAGUCUAGGUGAAUAAUACAGAAGCAUAUAUCAGGACAUCAUGUGUGAGUGGAAGUGACAGUGCAUGUGAGCAAAAGAGAGCAACCAACCAAUCAGUGGGGCUGGUACAGAUCUAGCCUAGGCUCCAGAUGCACGGUUUAAGUGAACAGAUUAUAGUGCAAGCGAUUUGCUUCGAUGCUAUUCUUAAGGUUUAGACUGGAAUUACCAUUUAUUAUGCUCAUCAGCUCAGUAGUGAUUGCAGGUGAUCAGAAUAAGUAAUAGCAAUAAUAUAAGAACACACUGUAGUCUAGUCAGAACUGUAUCACUGUAGGUCACUCUCACAUUGAUAGAGCAACUCUCACUUUUAAUUGUACUAGAUGGGUCAACAUGCUGCUUAGUGACUUGAGGAAGUAACUGAAAAGUUCAAAAGUUGUUGGAAUGUUAUUUUAAAGCAACUACGUGAUUUCCUUCAACAUCUAGUGUUGCAUUUUGGAAACUAUGGUGUACUUAAAGGGAACCUAUUGUCUCAUUACUGAAUGUACUUAAAAAGUUUACAUUUCUUUCUCUAUGUAUUUCUAGUGAUUUCAUUUCCAUCAAGAAAUCCAUAUGAAGUAUAAGAACUGUAACCAAUGAAAUAUUUUGUUUUGAGUAGAAAUAUUUACCCUACAUUGAAAUUGUGGAUCAUUUAUUGUUAAUUGAAUAAUUUAGUUACACACACACACACACACACACACACACACACACACACACACACACACACACACACACACACACACACACACACACACACACACACACACACACACACACA